UGUGACUCAUUCCAAUCCCAUAGUCCAAUGUUUAUUUACUAUGCGUCAAAAUUGCGCGCCACAGCUGAAAAUGCACAAUAAUCGCUAUUCAUGUAUUUACACGCAUCGUAUGCACAGUUCAAAUGCCGUCCGUGUGUAUUAAAGCCGUAGAAUCGUUCAGCUCUGAAGACUCGAAUUACCCCGCUUCGAAUCUUUUGAAGCCCGCUAACAAGAAAUGGAAGUGCCGGCAAGCGGGCGAACAGCAGGCUUUUGUGGUGUUACGCCUCGAGGAACCAACCCAAAUCACCGGUAUCGAUAUUGGCAAUGAACAUUCGGCCCUGAUCGAAGUGUUGGUCGCACGCAGCGGUCCCAGUAAUCCAUCUUUCAGUGAAAUUUUACUAGCUACCAAAUUUAUGAACGCCGUCGACAGCCGCAAUUCGACCGGUACCAAUGGGGUGCAGUGUUUUAACACUUCCGCACUGAUACCUUCGGUGGCAAGUGAAAAGUGGGAUUUGGUCAAAUUCAUCUGUACCCAACCAUUUAAUUCCCGCGUCCGAUAUGGGCUUACGUUUGUCGCACUGCAUACAAGCAGCGGUACGGAGAAAAGCGAGCGUAAAAGUUUAGUGCCGGAAAAAUUUCAGCAGCAAAUUCGUGAGGAAGCGAACAAAGCGAAAACGUCAGUUGGGCUUAAUCUUGGUCGGUUUAAGCUGCGCGAAGAAUCACCAGAUUCGGACGAUGCAGGAUUCUCGAACAUAUUUUCUCGCUGGAAGAAUAACAAUACAACGAGCUCCACGACCACAACCGGGCCUACCGUCAGUGCUUUGAUGCGCGAUACAAACACACCGAAAGCGUUGCAAAAGAACAUUCCCACACCGGGAAGCGUAAGAAGCGUUGCGAAACAACGGCCUAAACCACAGGCAUUUGAGGAUAGUGAUGAAGAAGUUAGUAACAAGGCUAACACCAGCGUGACAGUAAAUCGUAACGAUGAAUCCGUCUUAUACGAUGCGGAAGAUGAUAAGCCGGCGAAGAGGAUUAAUGAAAGUGUGGCUGCAUCACACGCGCGCAACGAGAGUGGAAUGGCAAAGCGAGAAAUCACUACUACCCCCAAACCGGAUGCAAAAAAUGCUUCUAAGUUAAGCAAUGUGUCAUCGUCCAAAUUUAAAGACUUCCUGAAUCUGAACGGGUCAGAUCCGGAACCGAAAAGGAACGAUGAAAGGAAGAGCUUAAAUUCCUCCCCGGUUGUAACUAAAAAACCGAACCACAACUCUUCAUCCCAUAUCGAUCGCAAGGACACACCGAAUAAGUUAAAUCAUCAAGCUCGUCCGCCUUUAUCCAUCGAAAAGCAAAAGGUUCCUUCUUCUUCGAAGCGGUUGUCUUCGCCUACGAAAAACCCCGGAAGCAAUCGUGAUACUACGAUACCGACGAUGAAAAAACCAAAACUAACAAUCACGGACAACGAUAGUGAUGUGGAAGUGACAAAACCCGUGCAGUACAAACCGUUUGGAAAACUGCUGGAAAACGUUGUUCUGGUUAUUAGUGGAAUUCAGAAUCCAGACCGGGCAAACAUUCGCAGCCAAGCGUUAGCGAUGGGAGCUAAGUACAAGCCGGAUUGGGACACUUCCUGUACCCACCUGAUCUGUGCGUAUAAAAAUACACCGAAAUACUACCAAGUGCACGGCAAGGGAAAAAUUGUGAAGAAAGAUUGGAUCGAAAAAUGUUACACCAAUCGGAAGCGACUUUCGUGGCGCAAAUUUGCUCUUGAUACGGCGGAAGCUGAUGCGUCCGAUUCCGAGGGCGAGAUAGUAGAUAUAGCAAACAAGCCGGCAGAGCUGGUGCAACCAGCGGAAAGUCGUAGUAUUCCACCUUUGGUGGAAAACGCACAAGAGGAAGCCGUGAUGCUGCACGAACUAAGCGACACGGACGAAGAACCUGGCGGCACAAUCGCUCGAAAGGUGUACGAAAAAAGCACGGAAGAUGAAGGCGAUCGUCACGAGGAAGAUGUGGGUGGUAGUUUGGAUUUCUUUAAAGGCAAAAAGUUUUACCUUCAUCAGGAAUUAGGAGCCGUGGAUAUGAUUAAGCUGGAAAAGUAUAUUGAGACGUUUAAAGGAGCUGUUUCCAAAGAGAUGGCUGGCGUGGACUACGUGAUUGCACGCACCAAGCAUAGUUUACCGUUCAACAGUCGCGCUGAGAUGGUAAAGCCACUUUGGGUGUACGAAUGCAACGACAUGGAAUGCCUCAUACCGGUGAAUAGAUAUCGGAUUGUGUAA